CGCCCAAGAUGGCGGCGUGGUCGUCGUCGGGGGUGGCGGCGGCAGAGGGGGCGGCGGCCGUGGCGGGAGCGGCAACGGCAGCCGUGACGGCGGCGGCGGCGGCGGCGCGGGACCUGGGUCGGGGGGAAUGAGGAGGCCGCGGCGGGCCAGCGGCGAAGCCGAGUAGCGGAGAAGCGGCUUUCCCUCUGCUUCCUUUGGGCACGCCGGGGGCGCGCGCGCGAGGCCGUCCGGAGCGGGCUCCCCACCCCUCGACUCCAGCGACCCGCACGGCACCCGCACCGGGCCCGGAGGAUGAUGAAGCUCAAGUCGAACCAGACCCGCACCUAUGACGGCGACGGCUACAAGAAGCGGGCCGCGUGCCUGUGUUUCCGCAGUGAGAGCGAGGAGGAGGUGCUGCUCGUGAGCAGCAGUCGCCACCCAGACCGAUGGAUUGUCCCUGGCGGAGGCAUGGAGCCUGAGGAGGAGCCCGGUGUGGCAGCUGUCCGUGAGGUCUGCGAGGAGGCUGGAGUGAAAGGGACUUUGGGAAGAUUAGUUGGAAUAUUUGAGAACCAGGAGAGGAAGCACAGGACAUACGUAUAUGUGCUCAUUGUCACGGAAGUGCUGGAAGACUGGGAAGACUCGGUGAACAUUGGAAGGAAAAGGGAGUGGUUUAAGAUAGAAGAGGCCGUAAAGGUGUUGCAGUGUCACAAACCCGUGCAGGCGUCGUACUUUGAGGCGCUGAGGCAAGGCUACCCCGCCAACAACGGCACCCCGGUCGUGGCCACCACGUACUCAGUUUCUCCUCAGAGCUCCAUGUCGGGCAUCAGAUGACUGAAGACUCCCACGAGCCAUGGAGGGGGCACCCAGACUGCAGUUGCGGCCCUUGCCUGGCUCUCUCCUGGCCUCCUCCUCGUCCUUCUCCUCCUCGGCGGCGUGCACAGAGCAGGGGCGCGGUGACUCCCCAUUUGGUGUUCAUGGGGGGCUCUUUCUUCUUUCUGUGGAGGGGUGGGGGCUGGGUGUGUAGUCCUUAAGUACUUUGUGCAUGAUCUGUCCCCCAUUUUCACAGUGCACCCCCUGAAGAGAGGCAGACAUCUUUCCCCCAGCUUCUCAAGUAUCCCUGUUUGUCUCACCCAGCCCUGGCCACAUAUUUUCUUUGAUUUUUAAAAAACUUUUUUUUAUUAAAAGAUACCAGUGUGAGAUGAACCUUUUCAAGAAUUUGUCCUAUAAUGUGCUGUUCAGGCCCGUAGGUUGGGCACUUUCACUGCAGGGUACAUUUAUCUACACAUUAUAUAGUCCACAUAUAAUAUGUAAAUAAAUGACUUAGAAGAA